AUGUCCAUGCCUGCCGUCGACCAAGGCAAAGGCACAACGGGGACGACGACGACGACGACACCGGAGCCGGAGCCUGCUCCCGCUGUCGUUCCCCAAGCCAGCCCUCAUACCGAGCAGCCAAGCCCGGCCAAGCCCAUGUCUGUCGACUCCGUGCACCUGCGAGGCGGUGACGAUAGGCUGGCUCUGUGUUGCGGCAUCUGCGGUCUCUGCUUUCUCGACUGCUGCUGCUGA